AUGUGUGUGAGUUUCUUUCGAUUUAUAUUUCAGUGUGCUUUUAUUUUGUUUUUAUUACUGAGUGUGUUUCUUUCGUUUUUGUAUCUGUGUGUCUUUCUUUUUAUAUUUCUGUAUGUCUUUCUUUCGUUUUUAUUUCUGUGUCUUUCUUUGGCUUUUAUUUCUGCGUAUCUUUCUUUCGUUUUUAUUUCUGUGUGUCUCUCUUUCUUUUUAUAUUUCUGUGUGUCUUUCUUUCGUUUUCAUUUCAGUGUGACUUUCUUUCGAUUUUAUUUCUGCGUUUCUGUCUUUGGCUUUUAUGUCUGUCUCUUUCUUUGGCUUUUAUUUCUGCAUGUCUUUCUGUCUUUCGUAUUUAUUUCUCUGUGUCUUUCUUUUUUUAAAUAUUUCUGUGUGUCUUUCUUUCCUUUUCAUUUCUGUGUGACUUUCCUUUGUUUUUAUUUCUUUGUGUUUUUAUUUCUUUCGUCUUUAUUUUUGCGUUACUUUCUUUCGUCUUUAUUUUCUCUUUGUUUCUUUCUGCCUUACUUUAGUUUUUAUUUUUGUGUGUCUUUGAUUGCUUAUUUCUCCGUCGAAUAUAGGUCCAUUAUAUGUUUUUCUUAA